AUGGUCAAGGCCAAGACGGAUCCGGGCGCACCGGAAGCCGUGCUGCAGCUGCUGGCGCACAUCGAGGCUGUCCAGCUGGCAGAGCAGAGCGACGCCUCGUCCAGCAGCAACACCCUCCCACCUCUUCAUCUCGAUCGACCGUUGUCGUUGCUGCAGCAAUGCCUGGACCUCACCUUGGAAUCGCCAGACGAGCUUUCGGCCUCUUUCAAAUAUGGUCUUGACGCCCUUCGACUCUGGGCAUCACACAUGGCCAGCCAGCUUUCCAGUCCGUCGGCGUCCAGCUACGAGACAAACACCAAACAACGCCUUCUUCCACAGGAACACCAGCUCAGUCUCGCCGACGUCAUCUGGUCAGCAUGUCAUUCCGAACGCACUCAGGUGUCCUCUCGCUCCAAGGCCGUGUUCGAGGCUGUCAUCGCAUUAUUCGCUGCCAUUCAUGGAUCGCCAAGCAAGGACUCGCAACGUCCACCAAAGACGCCUUUGCCGUACCCACAAGACAGCUCCUUCCUCAGCACCCUUGUCGAACGGUCGCUCUCCCAACUGGAACGCAAACAGUCUCCUAUCGUGCUCGAGGUCAUCAUGGCCAAGUAUGGCUCGGCUCCUUUCCUCGUCACUGCUCCAGGUGGUUCCACUUUGGCAGACUCGGACAUCUACGAUCGAAUGAUUCGCGGUCUCGGAACGGUAGAUGGCGGCGCGAACAGGAGGUCGCGACUCGCACUCAGCUUUCUUGCGGCGAGAGCAGAAGACUUGAAGUGUCAGCUUUGGCCCACGCCCAAGGCGGAUGCGGUGGACAGCUCAGACAGCACUUCGUGGCAAGCAUGGGUCGGUAUCUGGAAACAAGCUCUAGCAUCGGCGUUGAAGAAUGGAGGCGAACGCUUGCGGUCAGGCCUCGCAUCCUAUCAUCUUGCCUCGCUCUUCGACCUCGACAGACGCAUCUUUCCCACGCUUCUCGACAGCUUGAUAGCUGGCUCAACAACCCACGACGAGAUCAACGUCGAGAGCGUCUUCCUCGUGCUCCGCAUCGCAAAGGUACAAGGCCUCUGCCGCAUCGACACCGCACCCGACUUUGCGACCGAACAACGAUCUGAUGGACAGCCUGCACAAGUGGUCGUGCCCGCUGUACUGCUCAAAGACUGCAUCUUGGCAGCAGCGAGUGAGCUUCAGAUCUCGGCACUCUCGUUGGUCAUCGAAUCCAAGACACCCGCUGCUUCGCUUACGUCGGCCGAGUUCGAUGUCCUUCGCACCUUCUUCCCCUACAGUCUCACCAUCACCAAUGCAGCCGCAAGAGGUGAGCUGCGCGGCUUCUUUGUCAAGCUCUUGACUCGUCUGCGCGCGAGCACCUACGCCCUCGCUCGGGACAUGGCCAAGAUCACUCGCAUCGACGAAGCAGAACGAUAUCCACAGGAAAAGGAGAAGCUCGCUGCCAUGCAGGCAUCCCUCGAUGCUAGUCGCAGCUUCUUGGAAUGGAUGGUGCAGCUCAUCCGCGCCACGCUCCAUCCGGGUGCCUCGUACUCGGCAAGCAUCACUGCGCUCACCUUCCUAGACCUCAUCCUAGAGAGCGGCGUCGACUCGAGCUUCACCCACAACGGACAGCAAAAGGCAGGCGACAACGCUCUCAGCAAAAACGCAGGCAUGUCGCUCAACAAGUCGAAGCAGGUCUUCUUGCAAGAGUUUCCCUUCAGCAUCGACAUCAUCACGCCGUCGCUCGUCAAGCUGCUGCUUGCCUGCUCCGAGAUCUCGUACGACGACGUCCAAGCACGCGCUCUCACGAUGCUGGCGCGCUGUCCGGCUCCGCUAGCUGGUCUCGAGGCGGCCGACGUGGCAGCGCAACGCAUCCUCGGCCGCGCCGCUGAGCUGCUCACCAGCACAAGGGACUUUGAGUGCGCCGCCGCGUCCAAGUUGAUCCAGCUGUACCGCCAAAUCCACAUGCAACAACUCGGACAUCGACCUGCCCCCCUGCUCACCUUGGUUGGUGGACAGCAAGAUGCUCCUUCGAGACCCUGCGCUCACCCAACCCUGUCGUUGAUCUUCGACCUCUUUGACUUUCUCGACUUCCAUAUCCGGGUCGCGGAGGACGCAAAGAUCCUGGAGGCAGCCAACUCGCAUCCACUUCACGGAACCCUCGUGACGCUGCAGGAGCUUUUUGCUUCCAUCUCGAUCCACUCGCUCGCUCCCGCUGAUCGUUCGUCGUUCCGCGAGGCCGUACUUCGAGCCCAAGAGCUCAUCGACCGAGUCUGGCAGGUCACCAAGGCAGUGUUGUGCAACUCGGCGCCAGAAGGCAGCACCGAAGCCGAGACCACGGACGGCACUGCCAACGGUGCCAAUGUCGGACUCGACCAGCCCGCCUCGCACGAGACUGCGCUGGCGAUGCAGGUAGCCGACGACGAUGGCAAGGCAGCGCUGAUGCAGCCGCAGGAAGAGUCGAUGGCGGGUCCCAAGCAUCAGGUGAUCUUGUCCUACUCGUGGAGAGGUAUGAAGGAGGCCAGUGCUCUGUUGGGUGUCCUCGUCGCCGUCACUCUGGCCUCGCCUCCUUCGCUCCGCGGCAAGAAAGGGGCGGAGACUGCUUCGAUGCCACAGGGAAGCGAGAUCUGGCGCGAGAUCUAUAGCGUGCAGGACAUCGAGGCGGUGGGUCAGCGAUUCAGCAUGUGGCUCACCCAAGUCCGCCAUCGCGGCGCCUUCAGCACCAUCUACCCAGCGUACUGCAACGCCGCCUCCGCUAUCGUGCGGUCCCAAGCUGCCGACAUUGCUGACCUCCCACAGCAGUGGAUCACCGCCUUCCUCGAUACCGUAGCACUGUCCGGUUCUCAGCUCAGCAUCACCCGCCGCAGUGCCGGUAUCGGCUACGCUGUGCUUGCGCUCGUCAGCGCGCAGCCGAACAAAGCAGAUCCUUCGGUGCUCCGCUCCACUGUCAGCCGUCUCAUGCAGAUCGCAACGCAGGAUUCAGCGCAGUCCGUCACGAUGCCCGUCGCAUCCAUCCACGCCCUCAACAUCCUGCGCGUGCUCGUCAUGGACGGCGGCUUGACGGAUCACAUGUCUCCGUACCUCGGCUCGCUGCUCGAGCUCACCAUCAGCAAGUUCCGCUCUCGCUUCUGGGGCCUUCGCAACGUAUCCAUGAUGCUCUUCUCGUCGCUCAGCAUCAAGAUCUUUGGCAGCAGGAACACCAACAAGGACACCAAGGACGCAAGGAUGCCGAUCGACGAGUUCUUUGCCGCCUACCCGAAUCUCGAUGUGUUCCUUCGCGGUGUGCUUGGCGAGACGGGAACAGCGGAUGCAGGUAUGGACGAGGGUGCCGAGUCGAGCCUGUUUGCUGUGGUCAUGCUGUUGAGUCGUAUGCAGGCACCCGAGGACGAGCCAAAGAGGAAGGACGAUGCCGAACGCAUGCAGGUCUACCGCACGCUCCUCUCGGCCUGCCUCGCAAACAAGGUUUGGAAGGUGCGAGAGGUGACGGCUAAGGCGUAUGCCGCUUUUGUGCCUCUCAGGACCGCGGCGCAGCACGCAGCUGCCAUCCUGGACACGGUCGAGUUGCGCUCGCAGAACGAGUUGCACGGCAAGCUGAUGCUGGUUCAGAGACUGCUCAAGAGCGUCGCGGACGCGGAAGCGCCUACGACGGCAUUGGCGAACGACAUGGCAGCGCUUUCGGAGACGCUGAUGGGGAACGCAAGCAAGCUGCUCGAACGCAACCGAUGCGCCAUCACGCAAGCCGCCUUCCUUGAGGUGAUCCAGACGCUCGUCGGGCUCCGCGAGGCGGCUUUCCUCGAUACGGCUUCGCAUCUGCUCCGAGUGGUAGCUGUUUGGAUCUCGAUGCUGAUGGCCGACAUCGAAAGGUCGGCUGUGUUGGAGAAGCUGGUGCGCUCGCCUGGCGGACCUGCUCUGCUUGGGGUCUCCGUGAGGCUUCAACUGCAGGUGGCUGCGGGAGGUUCGGCGAACGAAAGCUUUCUGGAUUGCUGCACGCGGUUCGUCGCGAGCGAAUCGUCCGAUGUGCGCAUCGCCUGUCUGGAGGCGCUGAUCGGCAACGAUGGAACCGACGCUCUCCAGGAGUCGUGUCGCAGGCAACCCGACCGCGUUGCUACCUUCGUUCGCAAGCUCCACGCUGCUGCGCAGGACGAGGGGGAGGGCAUCUGGCACCGCGUCCACUUCGCCGAGAUUCUGCAUCAACUUGCGAUUCGGAACGACGCUGAUGGUGCUUCCUGGCUUCAGAGCGCCUUCUCGAAUGGAGAUCUGGUCUCUGAGGCAGCUUUCGUCGCUCGACUCGUCAAGAGCACCGUCUGCGUGCCCCUGCGCGAGGCGCUUUUGCCUUACCUUUCCGACCUUUGCAAGCUGCUGAUGCACAGCGCCACGCAAGCUGCAGGCUCGGAAGCGGUGCUCCAGCAAUGGUCGUGGGCGGUGACGAGAUGCGCCGACGAGUACGCCUCGGUGCAAUCGCGCGAGGCGGCUGUCGAAUCUCUGCGCGUUCUCGGAUCGAUCCUCUUCCCGGCAGCCCAGGUAAAGCUGUCGCAGACGCAGUUCCAUCGUGCAACAUCCUCUGCGCUGUUCAAGGCUCGUAUUGCCGCCAUCGACCUGCUAACGGAUGACGAUGAAGAGGUGCGGGCCGAGGCGGCUGCUUUGAUCGGGGAGACCAUCUCUGCAGGCAGCAACGCUUCGCCGCGCGCGCAGCUGACGCAGUGCGAAGCCAUGCAGCAGAUGGCUCGUCGAGGCGGCGCCAGCCCGGACGUGUCCACAGAUCGAGCCUGGGCCUGGAUGGCAGCCUUCUACGCCUCGGACGACGACGACGCCUUCUGGGAGCGUCACGUCUUCACCCAGCUCUUCCCUUCCUCGAAAAGCAUGGACAAGCUGUUCGAAGAGGCGCUCGCCAGCAGCACGUUGCUGUUCGCCGAGGAGAAGCCGAACCAGUUCCGCGAUCCGGAAGCGACGCUGCGCCGCGCAGCCAGGUUUGUCGAUCUCGUCUCGCUCGAGCCCGAGGAGCGCGCGCGGUAUCAACAGCGGACGGCGAAGGAUCUUGGUCGCCUCGCGCAAGCGCUGGCGGAUGGCGCUGGAUACGAUACGGUCGCUACGCACGUGCUCGCCAUGCGGCUGCUGCUCGCGAAUCACGCACUUUCGGAGGCUAUCGGGACAUCCUCGGCGGAAGCUCAAGAGGCGGUUCAGUCGAUCGUGUCGAGCCUAGGCAUUGAUCUCUCGUCCAUCGAGUCGCUCGAUACAUUUCAGAAGACGGCGUCCGAAGGUCAAGAGGAGGCGGUCGCCUCGGCGGACGCGAGCGCUCAGCCUCGCUACAACAUCGCGAUGGUGUCCGACUUCUUCUAUCCGAACGUUGGCGGUGUCGAGGGCCACAUCUACUUUCUGGGCGGCCGACUGCUGUCCCUCGGGCACAAGGUCAUCGUGAUCACCCACUCCUACGCUCCCGACCGCACUGGCAUCCGCUACCUCUCCAACGGCCUAAAAGUCUACCACGUACCAUACCACGUCAUCGCGCGUCAAGACACGCUCCCCAACUUCUUCGCCUUCUUCCCCGCCCUCCGCUCCAUCCUCCUCCGCGAGAACAUCCAGAUCGUGCAUGGACACCAAGCACUAUCCUCCAUGGCGCACGAAGGCAUCCUGCACGCGCGCACCAUGGGUCUGCGCACCAUCUUCACCGACCACUCUCUCUUCGGGUUUUCCGAUACCGCGUCGAUCCUCACCAACAAGCUACUGCGCUUUGCGCUGGCCGACGUCGACGGAGUCGUGUGUGUAUCGCAUACGGGAAAGGAGAAUACGGUCUUGCGGGCGAAUUUGGAUCCCAGAAAGGUGAGCGUUGUGCCCAACGCAGUGGUCGCCGAGCAUUUCCUGCCGGAGGAAGGGACAGUGGAAAGGGGAGGGAGGUUGACCGUGGUCGUGCUGAGCAGGUUGAUGUAUCGCAAGGGUAUCGACUUGUUGAUUGCUGCGAUCCCGCGGUUGUGUGCGACGCAUCCGGAGCUGCACUUUUUGAUCGGGGGCGACGGGCCGAAGCGGGUGGAGCUCGAACAGAUGCGUGAACGAUACCUUCUUCAAGAUCGUGUCGAGCUAUGCGGUGCGGUACGCCAGGGUGAUGUGCGGACUCAUUUGACGAAAGGAUCCAUCUUCCUCAACACGUCGCUCACCGAGGCCUUCGGAACGGGCAUCAUCGAGGCGGCGUGCUGCGGGCUGUUCGUCGUGUCCACGCGCGUGGGGGGAGUACCCGAAGUGUUGCCGCCGGAAAUGGUGCGUCUGGCCAAACCGGAGGAGGACGAUGUAGUGCAAAAGAUGGACGAGGCGAUCGCCUACGUGCGCGCUGGCAAGCAUGACGCGAAGGCGUACCACGAGGCGGUGAAACGCAUGUACUCCUGGACAGACGUGGCGAAGCGGGUGGAACGCGUGUAUGAGGACGCGAUGCAGGGGAAGUUUCCGAGCAAGAGCGAGAGGUUGAGGCGGUACUACGGGGGUGGUGUGGUGGCAGGCAAGAUCUUUGUGAUCAUUGUGGUGGUGGAUAUGUUGUUUUUGAUGGUGUUGGAGUGGUGGUUGCCGGAAGGAAGGGUGGAUCGGUGUCCGGCGUUCAGGCCGAGGCAUUUGGGGAUGGGAAGCGGGGAGAGGGCGGGAAAGGAGGAAAUGGUGGUGGGAGUACAGCUGCCGGAGGACGAGGCGAGGGAUCUGGAGCAGCUUCUCUCGUAG